AUGAGCAAAAGCAACAUUGAGCACGUCGAGCUCCCAGCUCUCGACAAGAGCAAUGUCGGCCUCUACGCGGAAGAACACGUCCAAGGCCUCACGAUACCAAAAGUCACCUGGUGGAAGCACAAAGGCCUUCGGCGUCUGUAUCUCAUGAUCCCGAUCCUGUUUCUGUCUGCCACCACCAACGGCUAUGACAGCAGUCUCCUCAAUGGCCUACAGACACUGAUGCCGUGGCAGGACUAUUACAAUCACCCCAAAGGCUCUAGGAUCGGACUAUUCAAUGCUAGCUACACUGGGCGGGUGGGCGUGUCGUUGGGUAUUGUGAUCAUCUUCGUCGGCACCGUCAUCAUGGUCGUCCCAGCAGCCAACCAUGACCGCCGCUUCAUUGGAGGCCGGUUCCUGGUUGGUCUGGGCGCCAAUAUCUCGCAGGGCAGCGCUCCCGUGCUGGUCACCGAGCUGAUCUACCCUCAACACCGAGGUCGCAUGACCACACUGUAUAAUGUCAUCUACGCGGCGGGUGCAAUCGUGGCCGCCUGGACCGUGUUUGGAACAGUCAAAUAUGACUCCAAUACCGGAUGGAUCAUCCCGAACAGCCUCCAGGUGCUCAUGCCAGGCAUCCAACUGCUGCUCGUGUGGUUCCUGCCGGAAUCGCCGCGCUGGCUCGUGUCCAAAGACCGCCACGAUGAAGCCCUCGCCGUCCUGGUCAAGUACCACGGCGCCGGAGACGUCAACGACCGGUUCGUGGCGUCCGAGUUCUACGAGAUCCAAGAGACGAUCCGGUUGGAGAAGCAAAACUCGCGCAACGGCUGGCACAUGUUCUUCAAGACGCCCGGAAACCGCAAGAGGCUGGCACUGAUCGCACUGACGGCAUUUUUCUCGCAAUGCUCUGGCAACGGCCUGAUCAGCUACUACCUGCACAGCAUCUUGAACACCAUCGGCAUCAGGCGCUCGUACGACCAGAGCAUCAUCAACGGCGGCCUCUCGAUCUGGUCAUUCCUCAUGGCUCUCAGCGCGGCAUUUCUCGUCGACCGAGUCGGGCGAAAGCCCCUCUUCCUCGCGGCUGGCGUGGGCAUGCUGCUCGCCUUCUCCGUCUGGACCGGCUGCUCGGCCGUGUAUGCUCAAAGCCACUCCGCCAGCGUCGGCAAGGCCGUGAUCGGAAUGAUCUUCCUGUUCAACGGGGCUGCGGGGCUCGCGUGGCCGGGCCUGACGGUCGCGUACCCGGUCGAGAUCCUGCCCUUUAAUCUCCGCGCCAAGGGGAUUGCGUGCCUGUAUGCGUGCAAGGCCCUCGCUUCCGUCUUUAACCAGUACGUCAACCCUAUCGGUCUCGAGCAUCUGGGCUGGAAGUUCUACUUCGUCUACAUCGCCAUCCUGGUCUGCGAGAUUGCCAUUAUCUACUUCUACUUUGUGGAGACCAAGGGACCGACUCUCGAAGAGAUAGCUCGGCUCUUCGACGGAGAUGAGGCCAAUGUUUCGGGCAAGGAACUCAUCGACAGAGGCGCCAAGGGGAACGUUGAGGUGGCGGUGACUACUGUUCCAUGA